AUGUUCAAAGUGAUCGUUCUCGGUUUGUGCAUCGCCGCUGCAACGGCAGCCAGCAUUGGCGAUAGCAAGAAUUCUCGGAUAGUUGGUGGUGUCGAUGCAUUACCAAACGAGUAUCCAUACGUUGUGACGAUCCAGCGAAAUUUCGUCCUCUGGUCUAGCCACGUUUGCGGAGGCAGUAUCCUGAAUGGUUUCCACGUACUCUCUUCCGCAAGCUGUUUCUUCAACAACCUAAGCGCUAGAUAUCGAGUCCAAGCAGGAAAACUGAGGUUGAAUGCGGUCGAAGCAACAGAGCAGACAAUCAACGUCCAGCGAAUCACAAUACAUCCUGGUUACAAUGGUGGUAUCAGCUCCUAUGAUAUUUCCAUCCUCCGUUUGGCAUCACCCUUCGGUUUCACUAGCAGCAUUCAGCCGGUCGCACUGCCAACGAUCGACUCCAUUCCUAGUGGCGUCGUACGUACCGCUGGAUGGGGUUCCACAUCGUUGGGUCUGCUGCCCAGUAUGCCCAAUCAUCUACAGCAGACUCGACUAGCCGUUGUUCCGAAUCUGGAGUGCCAAAUCCUACUGGGAGGACCGGGCAUCGGACCGAUUACCGAAAAUGACGUUUGUUUGGGUCCGCUAACCGGUGGAAUUAGUACCUGCGACGGUGAUUCCGGCAAUCCAGUCGUACAAGUAGUUGGACAGCAAAACGUCCAGGUUGGAGUAACCUCCUGGUACGUGCGGCCAUGCGGCUAUGCUGGAAUACCUUCGGUUAGCGUACGUGUUUCUGCGUUCAUCGAAUGGAUUAACCUUAAUGCCGAUUUUUGA